GAACCGGGAUCCUGUCGUCACAGCCAGAAGAGAAUCCGCACUGGUGGAACGCAAACAUGGUAUUCAUCCCGUAUUGCUCAAGUGAUGUUUGGAGCGGUGCCUCUUCCAAGCCUGAGAAAAACGAAUACGCCUUCAUGGGAGCGCUCAUCAUCCAGGAGGUCAUAAAGGAGCUGGUGGGGAAGGGUCUCGGCACUGCGAAGGUGCUGCUGCUGGCAGGGAGCAGGUGGGUGCCCGCGGGGGUGCGUGGGGUACACUUAGGAGAAAAUGGAGAAAAUAACAAGAAGGUUUUUAGGGAGGGAGCGUGUUCAUGUGUCCCACAUCAGGAGUGCAGGUUCCCGCUGGUCCUCGCCAUGAGACGGACCGGGGUGCUGCUGAACGUGGACCGCGUGGCGGAGCAGCUGGAGGAGAUGGGUUACCACGGGAUCCAGGUCCGCGGCCUGGCAGACUCGGGGUGGUUCCUGGACAACAAACAGUACCGCAGGACCGACUGCAUUGACACCAUCACGUGUGCCCCCACCGAAGCCAUCAGGAGAGGAAUCAGGUACUGGAACGGCAUCGUCCCCGAACGCUGUAAGCUGCAGUUUAAAGAGGGAGAGGAGUGGAAUUGCUUUUUUGGGUAUAAGAUUUACCCCACUCUUCGAUGCCCGGUCUUCGUGGUGCAGUGGCUGUUCGACGAGGCACAGCUGACGGUGGACAACGUGCACCUGACGGGGCAGCCCGUGCAGGAGGGGCAGUGGCUCUACAUCCAGAACCUGGGCCGGGAGCUGAGGAACACCCUGAAGGACGUCACCGCCAGCUUCGCCCCGGCCUGUUUGUCCCACGAGAUCAUCACGCGCAACUGCCCCUGGCCCCCCGGCACCCCCUCCUGCCCCACCAUCAGGGACCAGUUCACGGGGCAGGAGAUGAACGUCAUCCAGUUCCUCAUGCACAUGGGCUUCGACGUGCAGAAGAUGGCGCAGCAGCAGGGCCUGGAGCCCAGCAAGCUCCUGGGGAUGCUCAGCAGCGGGAACUAG